AUGACGAGCAAGGACUUUCGCGAUCAGCUUGGCAAAUUCCGCCUCGAGGCCCCUGCCUUGCUGCCCGUGACUUGGUCGUCCCCCACCACGACCUCCUUCUCUAAAGCCUCCCCUCGUGCCCAGCCAUCUCCUUCCCCGCUGGCACGUCCGCCCUCCUCAACACCGCAACCCCCACCGCCGUCCGACUCGCUCUCGCCCCUCGACUCGACGACGGCCACGGCCACGGCCACGGCCACGCGAAGCAAGCGUGUCUCCACGGCCUGCGACUUUUGCCGGAAACGCAAGAAGAAAUGUGACUUUCGUUACCCCAACUGCUCGGCGUGCACCCGCGCAGGGGUGCGAUGUACCGUCCCUCCGCCGGGACCACAGGUCGCCAGUGCCUCCGUGCCGCGAGAUCAACUAGAGACGCUCCAGAAUCGAGUGCGAUGGUUGGAGGAGAUUGUUCACCGGAAGGUGGGCAUCGCCGUGGCCAACAUGGCCACAGGCUCCAGCGUGGAUGGAGGGUCGGACCCGGACUGGUGGUGUCGGGUGCCUGCGAUGAUCGCCUCGAGCGCGACUCGGUCGUCCCUUGCGCUGCCGACGCCGCAUCCCUUGUCGACGACCCCUACCACCAUGCUCAGUCCCUUUGCGAACAGCUCGACUUCGACCCCACCGGGCCUGGCAGCGAUCGCGACAGAACCUCCUACGGGCGUGGGGGUGGAAUUGCCCAACGUCGGCGAGAUCCUGCGCGAUCAGCUGGAGAACCGUCGUCCAUCGGUAGCACGACCUGCUGUGGCACCGCGAGUGCUGCGUCUGUCCUCACUGGAAGAGGCCGAACGGGUUGCCGGGCAAUACUUUGACAGUCUGGGUUACCAAUAUCCAUUCCUGCCUCGUUCAGAAUUCUUCGGCCAUCUGCGACACAUCUACAAGGGCGGCGUGCCCGCGCCGGAGGUACACAAUACCUACCACAUCAUCAUUGCCAUUGCUCUCUUGAUAGGGUCGGCCGAGCCGGCCCAGGCAACGGACUUCUAUCAGGCGAGCCAAGAAACUCUGUCGCAUGCACUCCAGAAUGAAGACCUACCCUCGAUUCGAGCACUUCUCGGCUUGGCUCUGUAUUCCAUGUUUGCCACGUCCGGUCCGAGUAUCUGGCAUGUCUUGGGAGCCACCUUACGACUGGCCAUCAGCAUGGGCCUCCACAAAGCUCGGCCAUAUCCCACCCCCAUGGAGGAAGAGAUGGCUAAACGGGCUUUUUGGAGUUUGUACAACCUGGAUCGUCUGAUCGCCAGUACGUUGGGCCGGCCAUUAGGCAUCUCCGAUGACGAUAUCAGUGUUGGCUUACCCCGGGAACUGAAUGAGGAUGGGAUGGAGGCACCGGGGGCCAGCAUCAUGACCAUCCCGCUUCAGGUCAUUCGACUUCGACGGAUCUUCUCUCGGAUCUACCACUACUUAUACAGCAAUCUCCCACAGCUACCGCCCGAAGAGGCCGCAGCCACGCUGGCCGAGUUUCGUCGAGAGGUCGAUGACUGGCGCUUUUCGGCGCCAGUCUACCCGUCAGCUCUCCUGUAUUCGACCUCCUACUAUGACUAUCUGUACUACACGACCCUGCUGUUGAUGUACCGCCCAAGUCCUCGUAAUCCCCACCCCGACACGAUCAGUGUCAUCAGCUGCGGCGAUUCCAGUAUCCAGGUGAUUCGGUCGUACUGGGACAGUUACUCCGUCGGCAAACUCAAGUGGAUCUGGUUGACUUUGAGUCAAGUCUACUUUGCGGGAAUCACCAUCCUGUGGUGCUUGGAGCAGAAUGCGCGGUGUUUGCGCGAUUCUCGUCCCCCUAUGUGGCAACCAGAUGAGCAGAUGAUGCGCCGGGCCAUUCAAGCCGUUGUGGUUUUGUUGGAGCAAUUUGGCAAGCGACGGCCCGGGGUGGAUCGAUUGGCGGAGACCUUUCGACACCAGAGCACCACCAUCUUCACAAACUCCGCGACACACCCCGCACAUGCCACCACCGCUUCUGCCCCCCAACUUGCCGUGACCCUGGCACCCCCUCCACCGCCACCGGUGCCGUUGGCGCCGGUCUUGGACGAUGUGUUGCUGGUGGAUGGCAGUGGCGCAAUGCCCAUGAUCGACCCGCAAAUGGCCGAGCAACUGUAUUAUUCUUACAAUUGGUUUCAAGAGGAGAUGGCGAGUUACUAUACCCUUUAA